AGCGAAGCAAACACGAGCGCCCGUCCGAGAUCGCUAUCGGCGUUUCGGCGAUGCUUGUCGGCGCGAGCGAGCGGAGCGACGGCAAGGAGCAACAGGAGGAGAGAGUCGGCGGCGGGCGCGUCGCCGUGGUCCCCGUGGUCCCGAGCCGAGCUUUCGUUGUCGCGCGAGGAGGCCCUGGCUAAGAAAGAGCAGCGCGCGUUCCAGCGUCGGCGGCGUCGGCGGCGUCGGCGGCGUCGGCGGCGUCGGCGGCGGCGGCCACGCGCUCGACACAUGUGUAUUUUCGCGUGCGCCAUCUGCAUGAGUCACGACGAUGCCCGCGCGGCCCCAGCACGCACACCCAGCGAGCGCGCGCGUGCAUGCACACGUGCGGAGCAGCGCUCGAUCGGCGUAAGCGCGCGAGCAGCUGCCGCCAGCCUCGUCGCUUCGCUCUCCUUUAUCAUCUUUCCGGUCAACCGAGAGAAAAGAAAAUGACGCUCGCUCCUCUUAUUCGUUACAGUGAUACGGCUGCACUGCGAGUCGGAGUCGUUCAAGAUGGACCUCAUACUCGACAUCAACAGCUGGCUGUAUCCCAUGGAGCUGGGUGACAAGUUCCGCCUGGUGCUGGCGACUACGCUGCGCGAAGAUGGCUACCCGGACGGCGGCGAGUGGAAUGCCGCCGAGAUGGAGAGUGGUUCCAGAGCGAAUUCCUUCGAGUACGUGAUGUCCGGCAAGGUGUACCGGAUCGAAGGCGACGAAGCCAGCAACGAGCCAAGCAGUCGGUUGUCGGCCUACGUGUCGUUCGGCGGACUGCUGAUGCGGUUGCAGGGCGACGCCAACAAUCUGCACGGCUUCGAGAUCGACCAGCACAUGUACCUGCUGAUGAAGAAAUUGGCAUUCUAGAGGGUCCGAUCGUCGGCUCUGCCUUGGCUCUCUGCCUUUCCGUCUUACCGAUCAAGGAUUUUUCGACCCAACUCCGGAGAGCCUACCGGCGAUCUAGCUUCUCCUUCUGCAUUUCUUUUUACUUUUGUACGAAUAAAAAACAGCUGCGAGUUUAAUUUUAUUAAAGACAAUUGAAGCGAGCGUGCAUGUGAUCGUAGAACCAGAUGAGAUUCGCAUUUAUCGUAGACCCUGAGUUUACCGUUCCAGUCAAUUGGAAUACGCUAUUUUCUUCCAUGAACCAUCGCGAACGUGCCUCGAAAGCCAAAGCCACUGCCACACCUAGCGGAUAAGAAAAAAAUCUACUUCUUUUGUAUAAUGUAUAAUGUAACGAAAAGCUAAAACUAGAAUAAAACUAUGAAGAAACAAA